AUGGAGCGGCUGAGUGCCUCGGCUGCUUUCUGGGACCACCUGCGCACGCUGUGCCUGAAGCAGUUUCCUUGCGGGGUGGGGAGCUGGAACAAAUCCCGGUUCCCGCCUCCCCGGCGUCCCCAAUUCUAUGGCCUACGUGCCCCGCGACCGGUCACUCUCCUCCGACGCGAUGGCCUCCAGUCGCCCAACGAAGAGACUGUGGAAGCCCUGACGGAUUUCCUGCGUUGCCCAGACUCCCCCUGGGCCUUGCCCCCUGACUGCAGCCCCCCCGAGCAGCAGCUGCGAGAGCUGGCCGUGCUGCACCCCCAAAUCGUCCGAUCCAGCUUCGUCUGCUGCUACUUCAGGUCUCUCCGGAUAGUGAACAAAGGGGUGACCGAAAUCGAUGUGGGCUUGUUAAAAUUCCCCAAUUUGGAAGAGCUGAUCUUGACGGCAAACCACAUCAGCACCAUCCCAGCUGCUAAUCUCCCGCCGGGCCUGAAGGUCCUGGAGCUUUGUGGCAAUGAAGUGCAGAGUUUAAAGGAGCUGUGCACAUCUCCACCAGCCAAACUUCAGCAUCUGGGUCUCUCCCACAACUGCCAGCUCGGCUCCUCCGAAGAACAAUACCUGGCAGCUGUUUUCUGGCCCAACCUCGUCUCCCUGGACUUGAGCUACAACAACUUCACCAACCUGCAGAGCCUCCUUUCCACUCUCUCCACCUUGAAAACCCUCCGGAUCCUCAUCCUCCAGGGAAACCCCUUCGCCCUCCUGCCGUGUUAUCGAGGUUUCGCCAUCGACAGCCUGCCCCACAUCUCCGUCUUCGAUGACGUCAUCAUCACCCCGGAGGAGAGGCACAAUUUCCUCAACCUGUCCAACUUCCCAGGUGAGACUUCCUCCCCCCAGGCCUCAAUCCCUCCUGCUUGUCCAAAGAGGAGCAUCGUAAUGUUCCGUGAGAAAUUCAGAUUUUUUUCCCCACCCGUCCCUCCUGCUUUUCCAGAGGCCCUGCUGACGGACGUCCAGCUGAUAGUCACUCUUGGCAAAAUGCGAGGCGUCCCCAACCCAUUUAACUCAGAGGACAUUGAAAACAGUCCCGAUUCCCCAAUCGUAACGUACAGCUACUACGUGACGUACGAAUUUGCCAAAGGGGAAAAGAAAGAGGGGAAGGCGGCCAGCAAGGUAAGGAGUCUUUCGAAUCUUUCGGUCACUUGUGUGUUUCUGAUCCAGCACAGGGACACCUUGGUUGGAAGGGAUGCGUAUAUAAGUCGAACUGCUAUUGCUAUUGCUAUUUUACCAAAAGCUCUCCGCAACCCGGUGGGAACGAUGGGGGACGGAAUGGAAAGUUGGUCACCGUUGUUUGUUAAAUGGCGGGUGUCCCCCCCCCCCUUUCUCGCCCACUUAGUAAAUACGCACUCUACCGCCAAGAAGGGCUGGGCAGAGACCAUCGACUGCGACUACCGAAAAGAGCAUCUCACCGAGGAUCUGGUGGCGCUCAAGACGUUCCUUCUGGCCGGAAGCACCGUCUCGGUUAUUGAGGAAAAGGUUGUCUCCUGGCCGGUGAUCCACACUCCUGAAGAAAAAAGCGGCAAGAAAGGAAAGGGGAAAGGAGAGAAAGGAAAAGCCGACUCGGGAAAGGCAGAGAAAGGGGGUGGGAAGAAGAAGAAGAAACCCACUUCCCCAGAGCUCCGAAGGGACCCCCCCAUCGUGAAGAUCCUGGGCUCCGUCCACGUCAACUUAGAGAAACUGCUAGCAGGGGCCUCGUUGCUGGAGACUCUCUGCGAUUUUGGGGUACAGAUAACGGAGAGGAACGUCACCCCACCAUCACCCAAAGACAAGGAGAGCAAGAAGGGUGGAAAAAAAGACCCCAAGGCCAAAUCUGGGAUGGAAAGCACAAGCUUCAAAAGAACCCCCCCACCCCCAACUCCAUCCCCCAUCAAAGGUAAGCUAGAAAGCUCAGCGUCCCGAGUAAUUGCAGCUGGGAGUGUAUUUUAACCGUCUGAAUGACACGCGUUCUUAUGGACUGCAAACGUAAGACUCUCACCCAAUGCUAAAACAUGAAGUGUGUGUUCAAAAGUGCUGCCCUUCCAUCUUUGAGCCCACAGUGGUGUACACGUUUUUGCUGCCAUUAUAUGGACUAGGAACUUUAAAAAAAAAAAGAGGAACGAUUGGCAAACCACCAUGCCCUGAGCAACGUUGUCCGAGUAGCCUUUGAUGGUUGCAGGAACUGGGUAUGUCUAAUGUUUAAUGAAAAGAAGGACCA